ACAUCUAAGUAUAUAUAUGCCGUCUAUGGACUAUGAGUCGGGUGCGCGGGAAUAGGUAUGGGAAAUACGCGCGAAAUUAACUGACUGCGAGCAUAACCAUCAACGAAAGAUGCCGUCAGACUGUUUAGUUUGUUGGAUUUACCUUGCUGGCUAGUCUCUACUCUUGUAACGGCUAUAACCUAUACGUACAUCACGCAGGCAUCAGUGAAGGCGUCCUUUUUUGCUUUCUCAGUAGAAUAUCUCACUAGUUACUCAGCUUGUGCAGAAUCAGUGAAAGAACAGGAGGUCGGGACAAGGGCGAAAAAAUAUAGUUAUAGGUUAUGGAUAAUUUCUACAAAAUAGAAAAGAUUGGCGAGGGUACCUAUGGAGUCGUUUACAAGGCCAAGGACAAAAUCACGGGGAAGCUGGUGGCCCUCAAAAAGAUUCGCCUCGAAACGGAAAGUGAAGGUGUACCGUCAACUGCAAUUAGAGAAAUAUCACUGUUAAAAGAAUUGACCCAUGAAAACGUGAUUCAGCUGCUUGAUGUUGUACAAGGAGAUAAGUAUCUUUAUUUGGUUUUUGAAUUUUUACAACAAGAUCUCAAAAAAUUGCUAGAUUCCUUAAAAACUGGACUAAGCCCACAAUUGGUCAAGAGCUAUUUAUGGCAAUUGUUGAAAGCAAUAGCUUUUUGCCAUGUUAAUCGUAUCUUGCAUAGGGAUUUAAAGCCUCAAAAUCUUCUAGUAGACCAAGAAGGUUAUUUGAAAUUAGCAGAUUUUGGAUUGGCCCGAUCUUUUGGUGUACCAGUAAGAACAUUUACUCAUGAAGUUGUAACCUUAUGGUAUAGAGCACCUGAAAUUCUUCUUGGCACUAAAUUGUACUCUACAGCUGUUGACGUAUGGAGCCUAGGCUGUAUUUUUGCUGAAAUGGCAACUAAAAGAGCACUGUUUCCAGGUGAUUCAGAGAUAGAUCAACUGUUCAGGAUUUUUCGAACUUUAGGUACACCAGAUGAAACUGUUUGGCCUGGUGUUUCACAACUUCAAGACUACAAAUCUAUGUUUCCUCAGUGGGAGGCUACAGAUUUAGAUGAGGUUGUUCCAAUGUUUGAUGAUAAGGCCAAAGAUUUGCUUAUGAAACUACUCAUAUAUGAUCCUAAUAUGAGGAUAACUGCGAAACAAGCACUAAGCCAUUCAUAUUUUGAAGGAGUUAAAUUGGUUCCUCCACCAAUGCCAAAAAAAGACUGA